CGACUGUUGAAUUUAUUACUUCCUCAUGUCUGUUGAUGGUAGUUGGCCUGGCUUUGACCAGAAGCAAUGGCGUAGCCAGCCUAACACUCUUUUCUACUAUCUUGUGGAUGUCUCAGGCCCUUGUCGACAACCUCCUUCAAAAUUAAAUCGGGGCUCGUUUCAGCUGGAUCCUCCCGACGAUAAUAUCGACUGGUCCGAUAUAAGCCAGAGUGCAACCACCUCCCAGAGCGAUCAUCUCCGUUCCACUGGAUUUGACCGACGGCAUACCUCUCCUAUUUUGAGUAAAACUUUGGAUGAUACGAGAGACAGUCUCCCACCUGAGGAGGUACCUUAUGAGAGUAUUUUUUGCGAGUCGUCGUCACAACCGAAAACCUGGAGCCUGAUCUUCCAGAACAAUGGUAAUCCGACGUUCGAGAUGAGCUGGGUGUUAUACAAUAUUGCACGCGUCAUCGUAACUAUACCUAUCCUAGAGUGA